CAGCUUCGUCGCCCUCCUCUGAACACGCUCCAGGGUCUUAAUGUCUUUCUUCCAGUGAGGGGCCCAAAACUGAACACAGCACUCGAGGUGCAGCCUCACCAGGGCUGGUUACAGUUGUGCAUUAAGCAGUUUACAGGAGUUAGCUGGAGCUCUGGGGUAACAAAAUUCUAAUAAUUUUAAAUCUAAUCAUCAAUUAUAUAAAACGUACAAAUAUGUAUCAUCCACAUUAGAUUUUUUUUAUGUCCAGAUGUUCUAAAAGUUCUCAGUCCUGCUGUCACUUUGAGACAUUUAAAACAGUCAGUGACGGAGUAGUUGCGAAGAUACUCUCAGGUUCCUCAGUACUGAUAAAACAACAGACAAUCUUUAUGGCAGGGACCUGCUUCUCCUCGACAUCUGUUGGUUCUGUGUGAGUACUGCAUGUGUACGUCUACACCUUCCUGCAGUCAGGCUCAGUAGUGCAAUGGCUUGCUAAUGCCAACUUAGACACAUCUCCUGACCAUCUCAGAUAUUACUCUGUAAAGUGGAAAUGUCAGCACAGAAUUUGUAUCUGUGCAAAUAGGUCUGUGGAACCUAUCAUCUUCUGCACAGAGGCAUUUAUAAUGUAUCUUCUGAAUGCUUAAUCUUCUGCUCAGUACUUUUGAGAAGUGAGUAUAUAUUGAAGCAAGUAAGCUUGAUUACUUUAGAAGAGGCAGCCAGAGUUUUCUGUAUUUGUAAGGGCCAUCUGAUAUGUGCGCAAGACAUCAUGUAAGAAAACUAUGGUAGGUAACAAAAAAUAGAGCGUUAUCUGUUUUCCUCCAUAUGGGAGCACAUUCUAUGUUUCUCCUUCCUGCAACUAUCUGCAGUACAACUCUAUGGCAGGCUGUCUGCUUAGCAAUGUCUGUCUGCUUGAAUAUACCAUCAUUUUAUUGAAAUAAAUAAAGGCUGAUUUCCACAGUAAUCUGAAUGGCACUCAAAUAAUUGUCUUGUGUUGCUCUGCCUUUCUUUUUGCUAAGAAUUUUUUUUCACUGAAAGCCUGUGAGUCAAAUUCAUUUUUAAUGACGUAAUUGAAUUAGAGGCAAAUUUUGUCCUGCAAUUUAUAAGCUUGAUAAAGACUUUUGUUGCAUCAGUUGCCACAGAGAACAUGUUUAAUUGAAGCUGUUUUUGUCUUGGAAGAACAUUUCCACGAACAAUCGACCAAUUUGCAUUGUACAUCAGGGAAGGAAGUAAAAGAGAGUGACCAAGUUAAAUUUUAUUUCAAAGUGCAGUCAGAUUUCAAAUUAAUUCCUUCCAUGUGCUUCAAAGACCUGGGAAAUCAAUGAGUUCUAUACAUGCAUUCCUUUCUGUCUUUGCUUUUAAAGCAAGUUUAUUCACAACUCAAAGAUUAAUUAAUUCUGUCUCUAGCUUUUAUCAUGCAAUGCUACAAAGGGAUAAAAGAGAUUAUUCCCCAUGUUUUAUUUUCUACUUCACAAGUCUUAAUGAAUUAGCUUAGUGCAGUUCAUACUACGCUGAUUGCUGUGCAUGUGCUUUCUCUUCAGCGAGGCACAGGCACCCGCGGGCUGUGGGCUUGGUGCAGUCAGUGGCUGGGAGCAGGGGACACCCCGGCCUCAGGGCUCCCUGCCUCACUGCCCAUCUGUGAGAGCUCAUUCUGGCCCAUGAUGGUAACGCAUGGAAGGUGGAAAGGUGAGUCUGCACCACCCCGGCACUGCAGCAUCCUGAGGUGGAGCCCUGCUGCCGCUAUGAUGCAGAGGCAGCGCAGAUCCUGCCGUGGAUCAGUGUGGUCCUGCAGUGCCCACUUGAUGGCAGCGGCUCAGCGGCUCACAGCCAGCCACCCUGCGGCACUCCUGGACAGCCAGUGGUGGCAGGGGUCAUGGUGAUGAGAUCUUCUGGGGUGGGUGUGGAAGCAGGCUGGUCGGUAAGCUCCUCGAGAGAGAGCUCAGGUUCUGCUAAGAUCUGUUUUUCUUUCAGGGUUCAUCCCAUGAGUGUGGGGAGGACCCAAAGGAUGAAGUUUUCAGUCUUUCUGAUCGGGCACCCGAUCAGCACAGCGUGCCUACAGGGUGAGAGGGCAUGGGGGGAAGAGGGGAGGUUCCUCCGAGGGAGAGAGGCUGUGGAGCACGCAGGGCCUGCGGGCAGGUCUCUACCUGCAGGACUGGGCGUGUGUGUGGAAUAGACUUACUGCUGUAUGACAACAAAUGUUUAUGUUGUUCUGAAACGUCUUAUUUCAUAAAAUCAAACCUCACAGGAAUUGGAAAGAUAUGCCCGCUCAUCACCACAACUUUUCCUUACUUCAGUCAGAAACAAAGCCAAGGUUCCUUCCUCAGCAAUUCUUUGCUCAUUGCAGCGCUGCCCGUCCUUGACAGAUACGUUCCCACAAGCGCUGUGUUACCCUCCAUGGGGCUGAGAGCCCCUCCAAGCGGGGCUGGCACACCGUGACCUUUUCAUACCAGUGCUCAUUAGUAACGAGAGCCAGAGAGAGCCUGUUUUAGGCUCAGGCCCCACUGCGCAGUGCCUUCCUGAUGCUGAGUGGUCUGAAUCCCCCAAGGGCCUUCGGCUCUGCGUGAGGUCGUGCUGAGGCAGCCACCCAUGUCCUGGAUGUGUGGCAGUGUUGGUCUGAGUCCUGUUUGGAAAUGGUAACUGAAGAAACUGAUGAAAUUGUAAAGUGUUUUCAAAUCUUGUUCUGCCAGUGACACGCUAUGUCCAAAGAAUUAUUGCCUGGGUGUACUUUUUCUGUGCCUUUAUUGUUGCUUUUUCUCCUUUUUGUCCAUUUAGACAAAAGUGUUUUGCAGUGUUUGUAGCUGGUACAGUAGUGCCAGAUGAGAGCACAGCAGUGUUGACUGAGUUAGGUUUCGCCACUCUGGCUUUUUGCAGAAACACCAAGUAAUGCCCUUGCUCUCACAUCUGUAGCACAAGAGCUGGCACUCAGCAUCGCCCAGCCCGCAGCAGCCUGCUUUAGGUAUGCGGGGCUCAGGCUUGUUUAUUUCCUAAAUGGGAUGCAAAGUGCGCUGUCUUCUCCUCUUAGUAACGAUUUGGGAGAAAGAAGCACGGUGGAGUUGACAUGUUCCUAGGAGUACUUUUUCAAUUUUUCCCUUUUCCUUUUGGCAGCAGGAUUUCUAACUUGGUUUGGUAUUGUGUUGAAGAGGACUUUGUUGUGGCGCAGCAGUCAGUGCAGUGCCACCUUCUGUAAUCUCUUCCUGCAUGCUGUCUUGGUUCUGUGGACACUGCUGCAUUUUGCAGGGAAGCCACUGAAGGUCUUAGUGUUCUGUUUCACUGAUCAAUAUGCAGUAGUAAAAAUAAAAAUCCACAGUCUUUAAUCAGUUGUUAACUUUCCCUUUGCUGUCCUGAAGGUAGCCUUGUGUCUGUGUUGUGUCUGAGAUGUGCACAGAGGGUAGCAGGUUGCUCUGAGCCAUUCUGACUGAUGUGUGGUGCUGCUUGCAGUGGUGGCUCUGGCAGCGCUAUGCCUGCAGGGUGCUGUGUGCCAGCCCUGGGAGCUGCCGGACUGAAGGCAGCUGCUCGCUGCGGGAUGUUCCACACCUCAGGAGGGUCUGCUUCAAAGUAGUCACUUGGUCCUUGGUACCUUUGUGACUUCUCACAGCCUAGAACAUGUUAAAUGAGGUAAUGGAAGGAGCUCACUACAAUUCACACUUCAGUCAUCCUAUUAAAAUACUCUGACAUAUAUAUCACAUAAAGUGAAAAAGUGAACAGAGCUGCACACUCUGCUGCAAAGGGCCUAUCUCACAUUUCACCAUAAAUAGCUCUUAUUUCAGCCCAUUGCAACACAUGUGUAUGUGCUUUCAUAUCUUUAUAAGUGUGACCAGCAUUGUUUCAUAUUGCCUUACCCAGGGCUGCUGUGCAUGCUAAUCUGCCAUGUUAGAAAAACAGCAGAGCCUUAGGUAGGGGCAUUCGUAAGGUUGAAAAAUAAGCUGCUCCAGUCUGGUUUUGGUUGAACAAGUGGUGAACUGAGUGGUGUGCUCAGGAGCAGUAGCAAUUCUGGGAUGUACUGAAACUGAUGGCAUGUGAGCCCAUGCAGAAAACAUUGGUUGUUUCUGGAGGCUCUCCACAGUCAGUGCUGAGCACUGUCAGUAUUUAUUUCUUCCCACCCAAGCUGGGAAGAUACAAAUCGGAGUUCAGUCUCUAACUGUUCUGUGUCGCGCGUUCUGAAGCUCUGGUCUCCGGCACUGACAGAAGUAACACUGAGAGUGCUGCUUAUUCAAAUAAUAAUUAAAAAAAUGUGCUUAGGACAAACCUUGAACAUCGAUUUCCUUUGGCCACAAUGGUCUUGCACUGACCCAGCAUUACUUGAGCAAAAGCACAGAGCUGGGCCAUGGCACUCCUUGUGUAAAUGAACACGCUGUGUGGCUGCACAGGAGACUUGGUACGUGGUGUUGGGUCUGUGAUACAGCUCUUGACUAUCCUACUGGGCUCUCCACUCUGUUAUGAAAGGUAGGUCUUCAAAAUAUAGGAAUGUAUUCGAUUGCUGGUAUUUUCUUGACAUAAUUGAACUUUCAAAGCUAUAGUAAAGGAGAACGAUCAAUAUUUUCUUACCGUUGACUUAAAAAAAGCCCUGCUACUUUAAAUUCCGCUCAGUUCCAGAGUUGGCUUGCAUUACGUGUACGAGGAUAGAGACAAGCUGUUCUUCAGGGGAAGUCAAGGAAAGCGAGCUAACCCCCUGCCCUAGGGAAGUACCUCCCAAAUCUUGCUCUCCUCAGAGCACAGUGAAGUGGAGCUGAAAAUGGAGCCCUGGUGAAUUUAUUGCAAUAUGCAGUGGCAUCUGUAUAUAAUGAACAGACUGUUGCUCUGAGGGCUUGAGCAGCAGGAGGCUAUGCUAUGCAACUUCUUUCACAUUCACUGAAACAGGAACUGCAGUACUUUACGUCUGCAAACCAAAUUUUUGUUGCUUCUCCUUAGAGAAGACAGGCUUAGAAAAGGAGAACAAGCUGCAGAGAACUGUGCUGGUAGACCUGUUCUGGCUGCUGUUACUUUUCCAUGUUUCAUCACAGGUCCUUGAGACCAGGCCACUUUUUUUUAUCUGCCAAGCAGGGACUUCAGGAACCAAAGUCUGUAUAUCCAGUCAUUGCAUUUCUGUUGUUUAUUUCCUCCUUUUACCUUUUGUUAUAAAUUUCCUCACAUCUGUGAUGCAGGGUUUAAACUGUGCCUUCAGUGGGAGCCUGAAGGCAUUUAGAGCUUCCUAGAAUAGGACUAGAACAUCAGUACCUGGAAAUAUGUGAACAACAAGGUCAAACAAGAGCAGUGCUGGGCUGGGACAUAUCUUAAAUGUCUUAUGUCUGUUCACUCUGUCUUAUAUUGCUUCUCAUAGUGUUUAUCUAGUUAGUUAUUUUGGCUGAUUAUUUUGUUCUGUGAAGUAAUAAUUUAGCUGAUACAUUCUCCUGAGUUCUUUUAGAUCAAUAAUCAGCCAUACUGGAGACAAAUAGGUGUGUAUGGAUACCGUCCUCCAUUGUAUUUGAAUGACUCCUGAUUUUGUACUUUCUUCCUUCCCUCUUGGAAUUACUGUUUUCUUUUACAGAGCAUGCCCUUUUAGAUGACAUCAGGGUGGAUUUUACUGAUUUAGGUUACAGGAAGGAACCUAGGCCAGAAAUAGAUGGUACAUUUUCUGCUAACUCCAGGAAUACUGAAAUAGCUCAUCUUAAAAGAUGGGGGAAACCUAGCCAGUUGGCCACAGGCCAGCAGAUUGCCAGGCUGACAAGUCGCGGGAAGCCUGGCUGGCAGAUUAAUGGUUUAAGAUCUAAUGCUCUAAAAGGAGAAGUUGGGUCCCAGAGGCAUUUGGCAGCAGCAGAUUCGGGAAGAGCUAUGUGCUAAUGCCCUAAUGCAGUUUUGCCUUUGACCCAGCAGCACAUUUGCAAGGCCCUGGCAUUCCCAUGUGGUGUUUCUGUCACUGCGGUACCGAACCUCCUCGCAGCCUGUGCUUACUGCCUUCUGUUUGCCCUUACCAAAUGUAUUCAGGAGGGGACUGUAUAGGCCUGUUUGAAAGAAAUCCUUCUUGAGACUUCAGCCACUUAAUUGCAAAGGUCCUGAUUAUUUUUGCACAAAAGUGGUCUUUAGUUGUGUGGCUUUAAUGCUGAGCAGGCUGACAUUUGUUACACCCAGCUACCCUGAGUGCCCUUUUUCAGCUGUUCUUAGUAUUCCAGUCACUGUGGUACUCACUAGACUAGAGAUUUCCAAAGCCUUCCUCUGACAGAGUGUUGUCCACCAUUAAAACUGUGCAACAUGGUUGAUGUUCAUCUAACAAUUUUUAAAUUACCUAAAAUAUUCUUAAAAUCAUGAAAUGAAAUCGGUUAAACUAGAAAACAACUAUGGGUCAGAAUCUGGACGAUCCUGCAAGAAGACAUUGUCCUUUCCACAUAUGGAGAAGGAGAGCAAAUACAAAUUGGGAGUUUGGGUUUAGGUGGGUUUUCCUCGUUUGUUCAGCUUGUAUUUUUGCUGAGGAUACUCCACAUCCUAAGUAUUUCUUCCCUGGUAUCAAAUAAUAGAGACAGAGGUGGCACGCGGUGCUCACGGGGCUGGGCUGACAGGCAGAUCCUGCAGGCUUUGCUCUGUUUCCACUCAGUCUUUCCUCCCCUAACAGUUUCAGGCUUUGGCCAGGGAUGGUUGCAAACACACAGUGUUUGUCAGGGGGCCGAAUCUACUUAGAUCUGUGGAAUACAAUAAAACAUAUUUGGACACUCUGUCUUAAAGUCUGGGCAGCACUUACAAGUUGUUUGUUUCCCACUCCUUUUCAUGCAUUGUUUCUGGUGAUUUGAAAGUAUUCCAGAUCCGAGAUCGAUUUGAUUAUCUUGUCCUAUUUUCUAUCAGCCAUGAAAAUGCCCUUUUCCCUUGCGGCUGUGUGAUAUGCGGAGCUCACACAGGAGUAAAAUCUCUGGAGGAGAGUAAGGGGAGUUCAAAGGCACAUCACAGAUCCAGCGCUCGCCGCCUGGCUGCAGUGGCAGCAGUGCAGGCGCCGGGGCAGCCCGGCGAGGAGAGCAGCCGCGACGCUGAACCCGCAGCGCGUGCUCUGAGCGCCAGGAGCAGCUGUGGUGCGCUCGGCCUCUCCUCUUCCCCUUAGAGGGGUUGCUAGGCUUUAGAGGCCGCUGUCCCACGAUAUACUGUUUCAAUGGUAAGUGAUCAGUGAUGAAUUCAGAGUAAGGACUUCUUUCCACGUACUGCCAAGCAAACUGAGUUAAACUGGUAAAAUGAUGCCCGGUAUGCUGUCUCUCAGUGAAGUGCUUGGCCGUUACAUAAAGGUUUUAAUGAGUCUCUUCAUCUGUCUGCUUAGGAACACCAUGCGUCUGGCAAAAAUUUGAGAAGGCUCAAGGCGUUAAAGAAAGCUCAUCUAAAUAAAGGCGGGUUAAAGUGACAUUGCAGUUACUUAAUCCUGUAUUGUCCUGCCAUGUGACUUCAGUGAUACGGAGGAGCUGUGUUUCUUUUGGCUGGUGCACAGAUUAUGUUUUUCCUGUCAUCUUCCAGGAUCAGUUGCAUUGUUAAAGCAGCAGUGGGAAGGAAACAGAGGGGCAACAGACCACUUACAGCAAGGCUUCGAGGUGGUCACUUCCAAGGCACGGUGACAAGCUGCCAGGCUGAGGAAUGAAUCAGAAAAAAACCCUGUGUUCAGCUUUUGGACUGGUACCAGGAUCUGCAGCCACGUUCUUAAGAUGAGCAUCCUGACACACUAAAUCUGUCAGCGGGAAAUGGACAAAAAUACAAUCAAAUUCCAUCUCCAAAUUUGGACAGAACUGCAAUGUGUAAAUACAACUUUUGAGGUGAAUUCCAAACUAGCAUUUGGACUUCUUCAGUAAGCUGCUUUGUUGCUGUUUGCACAGUGUGUGUCCAUUACGUGUAGGAUUGUAUAUUAACAGAGAAGUACUUCGUUUCAUUAAACUCCUUGUUGGGACAUUUUGUUCAAUGGGGAAGUGAUUACCUGCAGACUAUGACAACAGGAUUUGUGAAUGGAGGAGGUCUCGGAAAGCACCGCUAUGCCAGGUGGAAUCGUGAGGACAGCGGAGAAGACUAUGGGCGUGAGGAGUGCUGUGGAGGAGAUGAAGAGGGCAGGCAGCAGAAGCUGACCCCAUUUGAGAAACUAAUGCAGGAUAUGUCCCACAAUGAAAAAGUGGUGAAAGAAUUAACCCUGGGAAAGAGAAUUGGCUUCUAUCGAGUCAGGGGAGAAAUAGGAAGUGGGAAUUUCUCGCAAGUGAAACUUGGAAUUCAUUCUCUAACGAAAGAGAAAGUAGCUAUUAAGAUUUUGGACAAGACAAAACUAGACCAGAAGACUCAACGUUUGCUAUCUCGUGAGAUAUCCAGCAUGGAAAAACUUCACCACCCAAAUAUCAUCAGGCUGUAUGAAGUGGUAGAGACACUCUCAAAACUGCAUCUGGUAAUGGAGUAUGCAGGAGGUGGGGAACUCUUCACUAAAAUCACUACAGAAGGAAAGCUAAUAGAAACAGAGUGCAAAAUAAUCUUCUCCCAGAUUGUUUCUGCUGUGAAGCACAUGCAUGAGAAUAAUAUCAUUCAUCGGGACUUGAAAGCAGAAAAUGUUUUCUACACCAGUAACACCUGCAUUAAGGUGGGAGACUUUGGAUUCAGCACAAUCAGUAAAAGAGAUGAAACUUUAAAUACUUUCUGUGGGUCUCCUCCUUAUGCUGCCCCUGAACUCUUCCGAGAUGAAAACUAUGUUGGCAUUUAUGUAGACAUCUGGGCACUAGGAAUACUGUUAUACUUUAUGAUAACGGGGAUCAUGCCAUUUCGGGCAGAUACAGUGGCCAAACUGAAAAAGUGCAUUCUUGAAGGGACAUACAGCUUGCCUCCCUGCCUCUCAGAAGCUUGCCAGAAACUGAUAAAAGGAGUCCUUCAGCCAGUACCAACAGAACGAUACUCUGUCAAACUUAUUAUGACCAGUGAGUGGAUGCAGGGGAUACAGUACCCAAAACCUUUACAGCCAUUCAAACUGGAUCCUAAGUAUUUAUCAGAAAUCAAUACACUCAAAGAGGAAGAAAUUGAAGUGAAAAAUGCUCUGAAAGAUCUGGGAAUCACAGAAGAACACAUUCAAAAUAACCAGGGAAGAGAUGCACGCAGCUCAAUAACAGGUGUCUACAGAAUUGUUUUACACAAAGUACAGAAGAAAAGGGCACUUGAGUGUGUCCCUAUAAUGUCCCAUCCAGACCCCAAAGAACAAGAUAAAAAGAAAGGAAUCAACUCUUAUGAUGGUAUAAAGCACACAUCCAAGCUGUGUUCUAUUUUGUAAACCACACUACAAGCUUUAUACACAGCACACUUAACGAGGGGUUUUAUUCACUUUUCACAGGUUUUUGUGUUACAUUUUCUUUAAUUUUAAAAUAAACCAAAUAUGCCUCAUCUCCUUUGUAUUUUUCAGCUCACGUCUGAAGUGCUCAA